UGAAUCUUUUCCCUUUUUGUUAUUGCAGUACAAAGAAGCUUUUUGGCACUUUGCCUAUUUGCAUCAGUCAUGGCCACACCAACUGGAAAAGCUGGAAAUGAUGAAAAUUUUGAAAAUUUUGAAAAUGAUGCGGCUCUUCAGGCUGUUUCUCAGGGCGCUCAUUUGUUUUCCACCAACUUCGUCAAGACUGUUGCAAAAGAACAUCAAGAGAAUUUAAUAUGCUCUCCUCUCAGUGCCGAUAUUGCUCUGAGCAUGGCUGCUCAGGGCUCCGCCGGAGCGACUCAAACGGAAUUCCAAAAUGUUCUCAGGCUGCCAGCUGAAAAGUCACAAGCUCUACAAGGGUACCAGAAUCUGCUUGAUAAACUAAAUAAUGUUCAAAAUGUAACUCUGAAGCUCGCUAACAAGAUGUUCAUCAACGAAAAUUUCCCAGUGAAACCAGAGUACAAACAAGAGCUCCAGACGUACUAUCAUUCCGACAUACAGUCGGUGGACUUUGCUAAAAGCGACGCAGCCGCGAACACCGUUAACACUUGGUGCAAGGAGAAUACCAACAAUCGCAUCGACAGCAUCAUUACUGCCGACGAUGUGGAUAGCGAUACUGCAUUGAUCCUGGCAAACGCGGUGUACUUCAAGGGCACCUGGGCUCACGAGUUUGAUCCUAGGGCCACCAUGGAUCGCCCGUUCCAUAUUGACGCCAACAACGUAAAGGAUGUUCCUACUAUGUACAGAAAGGGCAACUACAAAUACGUUGACUUGCCGGAUUACGAUGCUAAAUGCAUCGAGCUGCCUUACGCGAACAAAGACGUCAGUAUGGUGAUCAUCCUACCCAAUAAAGUUGACGGUCUAGCUGCACUGACCGACAAACUCGAUGAAGUUAGCACGGAAUGCAGCACCCGCCUUGCUGAAACUUACGAACGCGAGGUCCGAGUGUUCCUGCCCAAGUUCAAGGUCGAAUCCAAAUUGGAUCUUGGAGCGACAUUGAAGACGAAGAUGGGUCUUGUUCAACCGUUCACCGAUAGCGCUGAUUUUUCAGGCAUUUCGAAUGUACCUUUAAAGAUCAGCAAAGUCGUGCAAAAGGCUUUCAUCGAAGUUAACGAGGAGGGUAGCGAGGCAGCCGCCGUCACCGCUGUCCAAGCCGUGCUUGAUUCUUUGAUAAUACCACCACUACCGGAAUUGAUAUUUGACGUAAACCAGCCGUUCUGCUAUUACAUUAAAUACAGCUCGCCAAAUGUAGCUUUAUUCCAAGGCCAUGUGAUCGAACCGAAAGUCUAGGUCUAGAAUGUAUACGUUGAUCGUUAAACGCAAGUCUAUUUGUCACACUCGCAUAUAUGCCUAUUGUAUACGAUGUUUGCAUUGAAGGAAAUCGUUGUCAUUGUCGACAGAGGUGUUUUUUAUAACAGAAACGAUCUGUCUUUUCCGCAAUCUGUUACAAAAUACAAAAACUUUUUUCUUGUAAUACCGAACGUCGUACAAUCGAACGUGUGAUAAUUUUGAUGAUGCAAAUACUGGCACACCCAAAGUUGUACGAUUCACGUCCGAUAUCUAUUUUUCUUUUUAUAAAAUUGAAUUAAUAGCUCUAGUACUGUUUAGGUCCAAGCUAUUGUCUAUUUUCCAAAUCAUCCGAUUUUUCUCUAUUAUUACAUCUAAUUUAUUCUGGUGUUUUAAAUGACACGAAUAAAAUUAGAAUAAAAUUGGCUUACUGAGUUAUUCUUUUACGUGCAUUCUCGUGUGCACGCAAUAAAUUGAUAUAUUUUUUAUAAUUAAAUAUACAGGAUUUUAUAUACUGACUGAACAUCAACGCUGGCCCAUUUAUUUCGAGACAAUAUAUCUACAUUUUAUGGAUGAGAUAUUUAUUCUAAAUUUUUUCUCCGACAUGCACAUUUUCUAUGCAUGUAAAACAGCAAUUUAUUAAAAUUAUAGCAACGUUCCAAAAAAUGUAUAUCCUAAAAAAUAAUUAUCGCGAGCGACUAAAUUUCAUCUGUUUGCAGAUAUUUGGUAAAAUAAUUAUUAGGUAUAAUUUCUAUUUUUUUAAUCUUUGACAUUUAGCAUAUACAUACAUGGUAUUAUUAUGCCCGAGAAAGAUGCUCGUGUAUCACACACACACACACACACACUCGUUCACAACAUUCUCAUCCGCGUUCGCGCACUUGGGAAUGGACAAACUCGGCUCGUCGGAAAGAAAUUCGUUUAUUCAUAGACUGAUAUAGUGGAGCGAAAAGACAAUACUGUACUGCUUGUCAACUUGGCUACGAAUCGUUUUAGCAACCGGUUGUUAACAGCGGCUCGUUGUUCUGUAUAAGCGGCUUCGUAACUUCUCAAUCGCAGCUCGAUUCUACCCAAUCCAAAGGACGUAUCACAUAUACCGGUUAAUUGUCGGAUUACUUUAAAAUGGUAUACAGCACCGGCCAAAAUUAUAUCACCUUUCGAUUAUUUAGGUACAACUGGUUUUAAAAUAUUUUGUCUUUCAUUACUCUUCAUGUACAAGAUGUACCUGUUGUUAGAUGUCUACUGGAAAAUUUUAAGCACUUCGACGACAUGGCAGUUACGCUCAGAAAACGGAAAGGUGAUAUAAUUUUGGCCGAUACUGUACAUAUAUACUUAAAAAUAAUAUAUAUAUACGUUGCAAUUAUAUGUACUUAUACACGAAAUAUAACAAAAAUUUCAAUUAUAA